GGCCACUUCCUUUCCCCUCUGCAGUCUCACUGUCCACAACCUGCUCUUGCCUCAUGGCACCAAUGGCAGUGAACCUCAUUCUCGGUGAGUGACCAUGGGGAUGCAGUGCCACGGGGGUUGGUGGCCCUGUGUGGGACCUGGACCGUGUCCCUUGGAGGCUGGAGUCAGGUGGCAGCGAGCAGGGCACAGCAAUGUGAGUAUGGGGACCGGGGGAGAAUGGGGACAGAGGGAGGGGAGUGUGGUCAGGGGAGAGCAGAGGGGCUGAGGAGGGUGUGCAGGGACAAGGCUGACUUCUGCCCCCAUCCUAGUGCCCCGACCCUCCCUGUCGCUGCACCCCAGCCAGGGGGUGUCCCUGGGGGACACUGUCACCCUGCGCUGCCACCUGCCCCGGCUGGCUGCCUGGGUCUGGCUCUACCAGGAAGGAGGUUGGACAUACCGCUAUCACAAGGAGAAGGAGAAUAAUACUGCUGAGUUCUCCUUCAUUAUGACAACAUGGGAACACGCAGGUCGUUAUCGGUGCCAGUACCAGGUGUUGGUGCUGUUCGGGAUGUCGGAGACAAGUGACCCCGUGCAGCUGGUGCUGACAGAUCACAGAUAUCCAUCUCCUUGCAUUUCCCUGAGCCCCGAUGAUCUGGUGGGCACGGGGACAAAAUUUACAGUCCACGUGGAGAUGGGGGCCAAUGUCACCAUUCAGUGUUGGAACACGGGCUAUAGGGGAACCAUCCUUCUACACAAGCAUGGGCACUCAGCCCCUGUCCAGCGUCAGGACUACAGUGGUGUGGGCACGGCCGCCUUCAGCCUCUUUGCGCUGACCCUGAGUGACGCUGGCACCUAUGGAUGCUCCUAUCGCCCCAAGUCCCGCCCUUUUGCGUCCUCAGCCCUUGGGGACAGCGUGAUGCUGGAGGUGACACCCACAGCUGCACCCUCAGGUGCCGAAAGGAAUUCCCGUGGGAACCAGGUGAUGUCGGUGGUGAGGGGCUGCGCUGCUGCCUUUGUCUUCAUCCUCGGCCUUUACUUUGUCCUGGAUGCAUGUAGACUCAUGGUGUGGUGAGAUGAGAGUCCUGGUGAGGAAGUGGUUAAAUGUCUUUGAUCCCCCAUAGAUGCCCCUUGGUGUCCCUCUCCUCCCCUCCUCUCCUCUGUGUGUCCCUCGGGGCCUUCCAUCACCCACCCUUCUCCCUUCCCUCUGCAUGCAGAUCCCCCUGCAGAAGGCCUGAGGCCAUGCAGCUCCAGGUCAGUGUCUGGGACAGGGGACCUUAAAUCCCAGCCUGCACCUUGGGGCCGCAGGAUUCACCACCAAGGAACCCCAGUACCACCCCAUUGGGACCCCAAAGGAGCCCACCUAUGGCUUCAGCUAACUUGAUCUGUGCCCCCUAGAUCCAGUCCAUGUGUAAUCCCAGAUCUACACCACCCCCUUGGACAUGCCCAUGCAUAUCUGUUCUGUAGGGCCCCCCAUGCAUCUUGUGGACACAUGUGGUGUCAUCCUCCUGUCCCCCUGUGGUCCCAGGUGCUCCUUGGUGAAAGCGAGGCUCUGAACUCUGCUGAGCUGUGACCUCUGACCCCUCAUGGUCCCCCACCACCUCCCAGCCUCCUGCUAUCUAUGCCGAGGUGGGUGCUGGAGGACCUCACUGACACCUCCUCAGUCCAGGUGCCUCACUUUGGGCAGACCCCACGUUCCUCUUCAGGGCAACUUGAUGCUGAGUUCCUUUUCACAAGCUCCUUCCACACAAACCCAAUACCCCCAAAUCGUCACUUAUGAACUCCAAACGAUUUAAAUCCCAGAAAACUCUAAACACACUGAACCCAAAAUGCUGCCCUCCCUCUGUUCUGCUUCUAGCAUCGCUUGGGAGGUGGUGAGCACUGCUUUGUGAGACAUUUCCUUAUAACUAUCUGCACAUAAAUACGCACACAUAGGCAUAUACUAUAGCCAUUACUGUUAUUUCUCUCUUCCUGUUGUCGCGUGGCAAAUAGAUUUUAUCUUGACCCACAAGUUGUGGCUUUUUAUUCUGAGUCUCUCCGGGAUCCCACUGGGAGGGGUCAGUGAGAAUAAAAGCUGUGUGGUGCUGAGCUGCUGCUGGGUGACAGCACCGCAGUCAUUGUGGUGCCCAACAUGGGGCCCAAAGGGUGCAGAUCCCCACAGCUGUGAGCAGAGCGUGUUCCAACACAGCUGCUCUCAGCAGUACAGCAGCCUCAGAGCUGCUGCUCACAGCGCUGAGCUGUUCCUUCCCUCUGGGCCAUCCCAGCUCUCAGGGCUCUUUCCUUCCCUGCGCUGCUGCUGCUUCUCCUCUCCAAGGGCUGCCCUGCAAUUCUGCAUGCUUCUACCCGUUGGCCUGCAGUGUGUGCUCAUGGCACUGCGGCCAUGGAUGCAAUGUGCUCCUUGUGCUCAGCAGUGCCAUCCCUCUCGCGCUGCAGGAACCUCACCUCAAGAAUUCCUCACACGGGCACUCUGCUCCACACAAGUGCAGUGGAACAAUAAAACCCAUUUUCUGACAGGUUUUCUUUGCUUGCUACCUCUCAAACAUUUGCAAGACAAGGCUCUUGUCAGGACAGCAGAGGCUGCAAAGCACGAGAUGCCGUGAGAUAACCGGACAGCCUUUGUGUGUCCACCAAUGGCACUGCUUCACCGCAAGCACCUUUCUGGUACAGACACAUUUCUGACCAACGUGGCAUUGUGAACUCACUUCUUUACAUCCUUGCGAUGCUGCAGCUGCCCACCAGCAGGCACAAAGGGAUGCCCAGAGAAGCUGCAUUUCUUGCUGUCUCCUUUUGGCCAGGUGGAGACUUCAACAUUUGGAUGAGCUCUCUCAUCCCACCUUCUGCUCCAGCACUGCAGCUCCUCAAAACGGAACACGAUUGCUUUUCUCCCUCCAUCUCUGUCUCUUACAUUCCUUCUCUACUUCUCUCCAUUUCCUCUCUUUUCUUUCUUUUUCUCUCUCUCCCUCAUUCACAUCCCGGUCAUCUUUACUCUUCUCCUGCAGCAACCAUAACCUCAGUUUCCCUGGAGAAAAGCUGCUUUCUAUCACUCUGUUGCUCAUCCGUCCGUCCGUCCGUCCAUCCAUCCAUCCCCCCAUCCAUCCAUCGUCCUACAGGAUCUCCUGCUCCUGGGGCUGCACCUCCUGAUCCAGUAUGGACACAACAAAUUCAAGCCACCUUCUGCCUGUCAGUCUCUCUAUCUUCCCACCUGUUGGCUCUUCUAUCCACCCAGACACCUGAACUAUGUUUCCUAAUAUCUAUCUGUCCUUCCAAUACCAAUACCUCCACUCACCCCCAAAAUCCUUAACCAGACCCUAAAAUCCUGCAAUCGACCUACAGCAUCUUCGUUCUGACUCCAAAACUUCCAUUCAUCCCAAUGAUCUCCACCCAUUCCCAAAACCUCUAUCUCACACCAAACUCCGCAUCCAGCCCCACAAUCUCCAUCCAGCCACCCCUCAUCCUUCAUCCAGUCCCAACAUCCACACCCCACACCACCCUCCACACACAGUCCUUUAAAAUCUCAAUGAACCCCAGGACCUUCAGCCACAAAAAUCAUCAUCCACCCCAAAAUAACUGCAUUCAGUCCCCACAUCCACCAUCCGGCCACAUAAAUAUCACCCAUCCCCCAAAAUCUCUGUCCCCUCUGAAAUCUCCAUCCUGCCCCUAAAUCAACACCAACCUCUGAUCUGUACAGCCAGACACAAUCUCUACAUCCAGGCCCCCAGGACUCCAUUCAGCCACCAAAUCCAUCAUUCAUACCGUAAUACCCCAUCUACACCAAAACCUCCAUCCGCCCCACAAUCCUCCACUCAGACCCAAAGCCUCCAACCAACCCAACAUUUCUAUCCAGCCCCAAACCUCCAUCGAGAAGACUGCACAUCCGUCAUGAAGCUCCCAGAUCUUUCUGUGGUCCCAAAAGGUCUCCAUCCAGCCGACCCACAAUCCUCCAUCUGAACCCAAAAAUCUCCACUGAGCUCACAAACUCUCCAGCGUUUCCCCUUCCACCACCAAAAGGGGGAAGUCAGCUCUCCUGCCCUUCCCCUCACUGCUGCUCCCACACACAGCCCUCCCACACACAAACUUCCUCUUCUCCCCCACUUUCUGGAAAACCCCACAUCCCCUCUGUCCUGUUCCCCACCGUCACCCAAAGGCAUUUUCCCUCCUCACCACAAAUCCUGCCCCAAAACCACUGUGGGAUAAGAGGCUGCUUUGGCUUGUGGAGAUGGAGAUGCGCCGUGGGGAGCACAUGGAAAGGACAUGUGUGUGCUGUGGGGACAGAUGUGGUGCAUGCACAGGGCACGUGUUGAUGACAUGCAUGUGC